AUGUCGCCUACCUGCGCUCCGUCCUGCCCAGCACCACGGAAGACGCCUUCUUCGAUUACUUGGCCACCGUAGACGCCUCCGAGGUGACCAUCUCCGCCGUGCCGGAGGGCUCCGUUGUCUUCGCCAGGGUGAAGGGGCCGCUGCUGGUGGUGCAGCUGCUGGAGACCAUGUUGCUGUGCCUGGUCAGCUACGCCAGCCUGGUGGCCACGAACGCCGCUCGCUUCCGACUCCUCGCCGGUCCGGACGUGAAGCUGAUGGAGAUGGGGCUCCGGCGUGCGCAGGGGCCGGACGGUGCCCUGUCGGCCUCCAAGUACUCCUACAUCGGGGGCUUCGACUACACCAGCAACGUCCUGGCGGGGAAGCUCUACGGCAUCCCAGUGCGCGGCACCGUCGCCCACUCCUUCAUCAUGUCCUUCGCCUCGCUGGAGGAGGUGCAGCCCCGG